UUGUCCUGGCGCAUCUGGCAACCCUACCCCGAAUGAUAGUUUCUCAGCGUUGCUGGUGGAUUGUUUGGAACAAGCGGAAUUUCAUAAAUUCAUGAACAUUUUAUUUUGUGUUACUCGUAUAUAAUGUACAGGAUAAGACAAGGUAGUUUUUACAACUCCUCAUUUACCAAAAAAGCUGACGUUAACCGUUUUCAACUAAUAUGGGCUUAACGGUGGAGCCUUUCACGGAAUUCACAUCGACUUCAGGGUAUGUAAAUGAUGACAUUUCAGGUUAACUGUUGUUUACUAACCGAAAGCCUUUGCUUAAAAGAUUUGUUUUAUUUAUUUUCAUUGUAAGGAGUUGCUAUAUCAAAUUGGCCUGAAAUGGCGCAGCGAGGUCCUUACAAGAAGUUUCUGGUGGACGUGGAGACAGAAAUACCACCAAGUACAAAAAGACGUAGGUUGCAGGAACAGGCAACAGAUGCAGAAGCACUACAUGACAGUACAUGUUCUGAAUUGGAAUCCCAGGAACCAGCAAAUGAGUCAGAUGUAGAAGAUUUUCUGGAAUGUACAGAAACACUAUGUGAGCAAUACUCAGACACAGAGGAGAUGGAUGAUGUGGAUGACUAUCCGGAAGCUGAACCAGAGGAAAGCAACAUUUUAUUGGACCCUGAGCAGAGUAACAGUUCAGAUGAGGAAUCUGAGGACCUCAUUAACCUCGACAAUGCUGAGUGGAACAAAGAUGUACAUCCUGAGACUGCCCCUAUGGAUCCGUUAAACUUGGAGGAUGGAGAUGAGCCUAUAUAUCCAGGAAGUGAUGUCACCAAGGCUGAGACUAUUUUGAUGAUUCUUACAUUUGUCCUGCGUCACAAAAUAAGCGGAGAGGGUUUGAAAGACUUCCUGUCACUACUGCACAUCUUAUUUCCAAGCAUCCUGCCAGCAACAAAAUACUUAUUUGAUAAGUACUUUAUAUCCAUUACACACCAAUUUGAAAUUCACUUUUACUGCGAGUCCUGCAAAGGAUACAUUUGUAAGGAAGAGACAAAUCUCACCAAAUGUCCUCACUGUGAUCUGGCAUUCAGCAUUGCAUCUAACCUUAAAAAUGGGUCCUUCAUGAUCUAUUUGCCUUUGUCUUCCUCACUUAAAGAUGUCCUCGAAAGUCUAAAAAAGAACUCGCAACAUCUCAUUAACAAAGCUGAAUGGGUAUGGGACGACACAAUUCGUGAUAUUUUGAUGGUGACAUCAUGAGAGAUCAUAUUCAGAACAACACAAUUGGCCAGUGGGAUUUGACAUUACUAUGGAAUUGUGACGGAAUUCCGGUUUUUGAAUCAUCUCAAUGUUCUCUCUGGCCAAUACAAGUAACUAUUAAUGAGCUGCCACCAGCUGUGAGAAAAGAACAUGUCUUAUUGUCCUCACUUUGGUUCGGCAAGUCAAAGCCAGUCAUUCAGACCUUUUUAAAACCAUUUGUUGAAGAGAUGGGAGCUUUAAAAGACAUCGGACUACAAUGGACUGAUGGUGAUGACAUUCGCACUAGCAGAGUUUUUGCAGUUGUAAGUGCUUGUGAUGCUAUUGCCAGACCAAUACUAAAAGACAGCAUACAGUUUAAUGGCAAGUAUGGAUGUGACUGGUGCCUUCACCCUGGUGAGCGUACAGCAAAAGGAAAUGGCUUUGUGAACAUUUACCCUUGUAAAGAAGAUUCCCCUGCAACAAGGCAGCAACAGCAAUGGGAGGAUGAUGCAAUAAAGGCCUCACAUGAGGGCUGUCCUGUGAGGGGAGUAAAAGGAAUCUCACCACUUCUGUUUUU